AUCCGAUUCUGUCUACAUUCACAAGAAUCGCAAUGGCGCAAAAAUUCCCCGAGGUCCAGGGAGGAGGCUCCCUAAUCAUUGCCUGGCAAGCAAAGAAUAAACAUAUCCUAGUAGUCGGUGGGGGAGAGGUCGCAGCCGGUCGCAUCCUCCACGCCCUCAACGCCGACGCCCGAGUGACGGUCGUGUGCCCCGCGGCCGGCCUGAACGAGGAGGUCGCCUACCGGGUGGCCCAGGGCCAAGUGACGCACGUCGACCGGACCUUCGAGCCCCACGACCUCGACACCGCCGACAUGGUGCUGUGCGCCAUCGACGACCCCGCGGCCUCGACGCGCGUCUGGCAGCUCUGCAAGGAGAAGCGCAUCCCCGCCAACAUCGCCGACGUCCCCCCCGAAUGCGACUUUUACUUCGGGAGUAUGCACCGCGACGGGCCCCUCCAGAUCAUGGUCAGCACCAACGGCAACGGCCCCCGGCUGGCCAGCAUCGUCCGCAAAAAGAUCGCCGCCACGCUGCCGGGCAACAUGGGCGCCGCCAUCGAGAACGUCGGCUUGCUGCGGAGGAAGUUGCGCGAGACCGCGCCCAACGUCGAGGAGGGGCCGAAGCGGAUGAAGUGGAUGUCGGGUGUUUGUGAGUCGUGGAGCUUGGAGGACCUCGUGGAGAUGGAGGAGCGGGAUAUGGAGGGCCUUCUAGCCUUCUAUGCCUCCGGGGAAAUCCCCCCCUUGAAGGAGAUUCGGGCGAAAGCGGCCGGGAAUUGAACACUGGGGACAUACAUAAUCUAUGGGGAUUCGGUGAGUACUACAGUACAGGCAGUACUCGAAGCAUCUGAUGUCAACCGGUUUUUGUGCGAACUAUGCGACAUGAGGCAAACGCACGAGGAUCUUCAUCAAGCUGAGGUGAGUGAACUAGGUUUACUAUGGUCCAUACAUGUCCCAACUCAGGACCUCUACUCUAUUCAGAGCCACGCCUGAAAAGAGCAGUCUCGCAGCGAGAGUGGGCGACGGGCAACAGAACCGAGAAUAAACCCCUGCAACGCUUCCAUGAAAGAUGGUAUUUUGUACAUACAUAUAUAAAGAGCCCGCUUGCACAAGAUAUG